AUGGACAGCACCUAUGGAGACUGGUGCAGCAGUAAGCAAUACUGGUUUGAGAUCGGACCCAUGGACUUGCUGGAGCGCAAGGGCUCCCUGACCCUCCGUUCCCAUCACAAGAAAUAUUCGAAGCCGGUGUUGGUGUAUUCCUGGCACCAUGACAGAGAAGCUUUUCCCAAAGAUUAUGAUAUAGAGAGUCCUGAAACUGUAAAAAAACUGUGUAAUUCAACAUACUGGCGAUUUGGAACCGAUGAACCCCCAAUUUGGAUAUCAGAAACUCAUGAACAGAUGGCUCAAGUUUGUUUAAACACAGAAUUGGCUGAAAUAAAGAGCAAGGCCUUACUGAAUGAGAACACAUUAAACUCUGGGCUUAUUGAAAGGGACACUGGAUUGCCUGCCAUGGGCUUUGGAGCCAUCUUUACUAGACACCCACCAGAUCGUCGCAAAAUGUAUUCCUUGACAACAUACUCUCAAGAAUAUGUUCCUCCGUGUGUUUACCAGCCAGUUGAUUAUCCCUGUGAAGAUUAUUCAAUAGUGCACAGAAAAUGCCGUUCUCAGUUCACAGAUCUAGAUGGUUCCAAAAGAUUUGGCAUCAACCAUUGGCAUGAUGAGAGUGGGAUUUAUGCUAAUUCAGAUGUAAAAAGAAAACUCUACCCAAUAACUGAUGGUCCUAUUGUCCCAUUUUUAAAAUAA